AAGUCUGCUGAAGGUCGAGGUAACAGUGGUCUAAGUUUUGGACUGAGCGUCCCUUUUUACUGGAAAGGCUUACGGCAUUCCUCGAUAAUGUUUGAAGAUUAGCCACUAUUAUAACUAUUGGACCCCCGAGAGCCAGUUUAAUCCGGAAAGUCGUGAAAUUUGUUGGUUUGUGUUUGUAAUAGAGGAUCAUGACGUAUGUAGAACGUUGAUAUUUAUAACAGCUUCAUGGCUCAGUGUGAAUCAAAUGAAGUUGUAGAUUUACAUGAAUUCCCCUUCUUUCAUUCCUAUAUCUCUGACGUGGAAUCAGCUGAUAUCGCCUCAAAUUCUGAAUCCCAUAUAAGUUUCAAUAUGUUUGGGACGUGUUCUUUAAGAAAUGUUCGGCGUAUUAUGCGUCAGAGUCGGCGUCUGAAACCAUUAAGAGUUCACUUACUAAAAUCUGUAUUGGAUUUAUGCAAAGCUGCUGAUUUGGAGCCAUUUGUUUAUGGUGGCACAGCUUUAUCUGUAUUCCGUGAAGAUGGGAAAUUCAUAUCACAUGAUACAGAUAUUGACUUGGGCAUUUUAGAAUUUGAUUCUGAUGGAAACAGUUCGUACACUAAACUGAUUCAUUGCUGUUUAAAAAAUGGUAUAAGUGUUUUCGGUGUGGAAAAUAUGGAUGAAUCUUUACUAAUCAGUGUCAAUUCUGAUUUAUAUGUCGAUUUUUCGGCCAGUACCAGUAGACGUUUUUGGCUUAAAGCGCAGAAAUUCAAUAUGUCUGAAACCAUUGAAGAGAUACCAUACAAUGGAUGUGAUUGCAAACGCAUUAAGUUCUUUUUCAGCACUAAUGGUUUGCUUAAAGCCUGUGAAUUAUAUCAUUUAAACUCAAAAAUUGCAAGUCAUAUACAAUCGGAUCCAUCAUUAGUACAUGUUGAUUUGUUCACUCUAUCUACUUAUUCAGAUUCCUUCGAUGUCAUAAAGCCUUUGCUUGUAAACUGGAAUUUGCCCGGUAUAUAUGACUGCAAAAAGAAAUUAUUCCCAUAUAAUUCUUUCUUUCCUUUAAUACCAUGUACAUUCGAAGGUGUAAACUUGCUAGCUCCGCAUGACUUAAAAACUUAUUUAACUAUCGAAUACGGUUACUUGGGACGAGAUGCUGUGUAUGAUCGUAAAAAGCAGUUGUAUGUAAAAAUUCCUUCAAAGUUUUCUGCUCAAUUACCAUCGUACUUCACAUGAUGCCUAAUUUACGAGUAUAUCUUUGGAUUACAUUUUCUGAUGUAAUAAACACUUUAAUAUUGUGUCACUCCAGAACCUUGGUAUUGUCUUUUCUUGAUAUCUCAUUUUUUGUAACACUUUUUGUACAUAGAUUAUAUUUUACGAAUAAAAAUAUACUAUUUUGAACAAAUAAA